GAGGCAGAAAGCCCACUGGGCUUAUUUGAAGCCUAUAUAAUAUUUAAAAAAAAAAAUCACAAUACAACUGUAUUCUAACUUCAGUUUAACUUGAUUUAAGCGACCACGGCAGUAUGUGACAGAUCCACAUCUUGCCAUGAGCGCCUGACAAUAGAAGUUUGAAUGAUUAUAUGCAUAAUGUGUGUGAGCAAAUUUUUGAAAAUAAAUACUGAAAUUAGUAUGAUUAUUGAAAAGUUGGGAAAGGUGGAUUUCAAAAGUUGCUUAAAUUAAUUUAAGUCAAGUCUUAUCUGAAAUUAAAUGCGUAUCCACUGUGAAUGUGACUCUCUUUACUUAAUCGUACAGGAUUUAUGAAGCAGCAUUUUAAAAUGUACUUUUUUCAGGCUCCCAAGUAUUUGUAACAGGGUUGCGCCAGGUAUAAAGGAUUAAUUAUAGCACACAAAAAAUAAAACAUCUCAUAAAAAGUAUACUUUCUAUGCCUGAGCUGGACGAAUCAAAUUAUUUGACAGUUCAUAACCUGUUUUUAUGAAAUACACAAAAGAAAAUGAUAAAAUAUAGAGUCAAUUUUUUUUAAAGUGAUGAUGCCUAAAUUUUCCUCCAAUUCUGGAAUGACCCUUCUAGUAAAACAGCAUUUCCCAGAAUGCACCGCGCGUUCUGGUGACAUCUGCGCAGCGAUGAGGUGAAGCUGUUGUUUUCAUGGUUGUGAGUAGUUGCAUGGGAAUCAAGGUAAUUAAGCAGCUGUUACGUCGGUACCAACGCGGUGUCCCCGGUCUGCACGGGUUCCGGUUCUCUCUACAAUAACUGGGCUUCACCCCCCACGCGUGUUUCUCCCGGUGAGUCCAUCGCCAUGUUAUCAUCUAUUCCCACCAGGCUGAUCGCGAGAAGGUCGCGCAGCCUGUCACCGUGCAGCCGCGUGCUCCAGACCAGCGCAGGUGGUGCUGCCAGCCGGGGCAUCCGCGAGACACCGGCGGAGAUCAACCGCAACCCAAUCGUGUCCACCUCCCGGGUCUCCAGACGGGGGAUUUUAGCUGAAGACACCGCUGUUACCAGUGUGAGCCCCUCGGUGCAGUACCACCACCUCGCCCCUAGAUGGCUGUCCAGCCUGGAGAACCGCCGCAGCUCAUGGGCGGCGCUGGCCGGGAGAGGGCGCAACAACAACCAGUACUGGGAGGAGAGCGGGGAGAGUGGUGGUGAGGGCCGGGGGACAGGUGGAGGAGCCGGCCGGGCAGGAGCGGCCUCUGUCGGGGUGCUGUCUGCUGCAGCAGUGGCCUUCUGCCUGAAGAAAGAUUCUGAUAACAAAGGUGAUGCUCUUCUGGAGGCAGCGAGGACCAAUAACUCUCAAGAUGUUGCCAGUCUGGUCAAAGACGGGGUCGACCCGAACCACCGCCACCGCCUAGGUUGGACCGCUCUCAUGGUGGCCGCCAUGAACCGACAGCACAGCGUGGUGAAGGUUCUGCUGGAAGCCGGCGCCGACCCGAACACCGGCGAUCACUUCAACAACGUUUACGACACCUCACGAGAGAAAGGCAUCCACUCACUGGAAGUUCUUGUGUCCAGAGAGGAUGAGUUCAGCAGCAGGCUGAGCAGCAGGGCCGGUUUCCGUGGUUGCACAGCGCUCCACUACGCCACGCUGGCUGACGACCCACGCACCGUCCGCAUGCUGCUGGAGGCCGGUGCCAACCCCCUGCAGACCAACGGUUUGGGACACACAGCACGGGCCUAUGCUAAAGAGGGAGAAGUGGGCACAGUGCUGCAGGAGUUUGAGGGGAAGUUCCAGGAGGUGCAGGCUCGGCGGGAGGCGGAGGAGAGGCGGAGGUUCCCCCUGGAGAGGAGGCUGAAGGAGCACAUCAUCGGACAGGAGGGGGCCAUCAAUAUCGUGGCUUCAGCCAUCAGGAGGAAGGAGAAUGGUUGGUACGACGAAGAGCAUCCUCUCGUAUUCCUCUUCCUCGGCUCAUCAGGAAUUGGAAAGACAGAGUUGGCCAAACAGGUGGCUCGCUACAUGCACAAGGACAUCAAGAAGGGUUUCAUCCGUAUGGACAUGUCCGAGUUCCAGGAAAAACAUGAGGUGGCGAAGUUCAUUGGCUCCCCGCCGGGUUAUGUGGGACAUGAGGAAGGGGGUCAGCUGACUAAGCUGUUGAAGGCGUGUCCCAACGCUGUUGUUCUGUUUGACGAAGUAGACAAGGCCCACCCUGAUGUUCUCACUAUCAUGCUGCAGCUCUUUGACGAGGGUCGCCUCACAGACGGCAAGGGGAAGACCAUUGAAUGUAAAGACGCCAUCUUCAUCAUGACCUCUAACAUUGCGAGUGACGAAAUCGCCCAGCAUGCACUGCAGCUUCGCGAGGAAGCUGAUGUGAUCAGCCGCAGAAAGCUGGCGGACAACCUCGAGGAUGUACAGAAAGGUGAUGACGUCAAAAUCUCCCGACAGUUUAAAGAAUCAGUGAUUCGACCGAUCCUGAAGGCUCAUUACAGGAGGGACGAGUUCCUGGGUCGGAUCAAUGAGAUUGUAUACUUCCUGCCGUUCUGUCACUCAGAGCUCCUACAGCUGGUCAGCAAGGAGCUCAACUUCUGGGCCAAGAAGGCCAAGCAGCGCCACGGCAUAAAUCUUCAGUGGGAGCGCCCGGUUCUGGACCUGCUGGCGGGCGGGUAUAACAUGCACUACGGAGCGCGCUCCAUCAAACAUGAGGUGGAGCGGCGGGUCGUCAACCAGUUAGCGGCAGCGUACGAGCAGGAGCUGCUGCCCAAAGGCUGCACCCUGCGUCUGACCGUCCAAUCAGAGGACCCGGAGGAGAGGAGCGCGCCCAGUCUGCGCCUUGAGGUGGUAGGAGAGGACAGCUCGUCAAGAACACUAGACAUCCGUCCACCGCUCAGCCCUGAACACUAACUCAAACACAGAGGAUUUAUCCAGAUAUGUAUGCACACAUUUACACUUUCAUCACACACACCAUACCAUCAUCAUAGUGUCAGGAGGAAGGAUGGUUCUUGAUGGAUGUUACCAAUAAAAGUACCUCUGAUAAAAUCAUCGCUGCCUCUCUGUUUCAGUACACACAUGCAGUAAUUACAUGCCAACUUUUCCGCAGUAUGCAGUACAAUCUCUGCCAACAGUGUGUGCUGUAAACAGUAUAUUAAGUCCAUUAACGUUUAUGUUACAACAGACUUUCAUAUCAGCUGGGUCUCAUAUCAUGAGCUGUGCAUACAGUUUCAGGUGUAAGUACGUAAAUGUGUUGCGGGUUGUAAAAGUAGCAAAGAGGCUUCAGCGUACCGGUGCAGCUUCAUGAACAAAUAUCUCAUCAGUGGAUUGACGCCAGUCGUAUCAGCUGAAACAAAAAGCUUUGCAUCGUUACGUUUGUAGUAGCUUAUUGUUGAUCAACUUAUCUGUGACAUAGUGGUGACGUUAAUGUCCACUUUAUUGUGUAGAACGCUGAAAACAGACAAAUUAUUUAAUAUUUAUUAAAGAUAUAUAUAUAGUAGUUUAGUUAAUGGCAAUGAACAGUGGUAGAAAUGACAGUAAAAGGAUGAACGUUGCAUGGUUUGGCAGAGACAGGAAGUCAAAUGGGGGGGGGGGAAUAAAAAAUAUGAUAUAGAUUUAAGAAUGACAAUGUGUUGCCAAAACUGGACAAAUAACAGCCACUUUGAGUUUGUCCAUUUGCUGUGAAGGAGACUGAAGUAUAUAUGACCAAAGAUAGUUUGACAUUGCCUUUAGAUUGUUGCCUGUGUGUUCACUGUAAUGCACAUUUUACCCACCAGCACUGAUAAAUGUUAGUCAACACAACCUGCUUAAUCAUUUCAUUUUAGUAAAGAAUGUGUAAGUUGGAGAAAUACCAAACGUAUAGCAGCCCAUUUGAAUGAUGGGUAAUAAAAACUGCCUUGUGAAUUGUUUCUGUUGAUGCAUGUUGAUGUAAAAAAAAAAGUGUCGUCUGUCACGACAUCGUGCUCUGGUGCUGUACAGUGUGUGUCUGCACAGGCAAUGUCUAGAAAUGAUAUUCAAAGUGUUGUUUCAUAAAUGUUUGAACAGCAUGUUGACGAGGCGCCAAAUGUAAUCGAGCAACAUUUUUCAUCCUUGUAUCCCAACCUCCACCGUGUAAAUAAAGUCAU